ACUUCUUACAACAGCUGUCUAUUGCGACCUGGUUAUUUAACUCGGACGAAGUAAACAGCCAAUUAAAAACUAAAGUCUAAAUAAAAAUCAAAAUGAGACAUGCUCAAUUUUUGGCACGCACAGUGUUCGUGCAUAACAACAACGUGGAGGAGGCGUGCCGGUUGCUAAACCGCAUUCUCGGCAAGGAGGAAAUCUUUGAUCAAUUUCGGCGCACGCGUUUCUACGAGAAGCCCUACCAGGUGCGCCGUCGUGUAAAUUUUGAAAAGUGCAAAGCCAUCUACAACGAGGACAUGAAUCGGAAAAUUCAAUUUGUGCUGCGGAAAAAUCGGGUGGAUCCCUUUCCGGGCUGCAGUUAAAUGUUAUCGAUUAUCAAUUUUGUGCAUUUGUUUAUAAAUGAUAAUAAAACAUAGUUAAGAAACGAGCGCUCGAUAAA